GGACCUGCAACCAGGGAGAGAGUUUUUCCAUUGCUUAUCAAGCAACGGUUAGCCGGCCGGCAAGAAGCCAAAAAAGCAUGGGCAACAGCCUGCGGUGCUGCCUGGCCUGCGUCCUCCCCUGCGGCUCCUUCGACGUGAUCCGCAUCGUCCACCUCAACGGCCACAUCGAGGAGUACUCCCGCCCGGUCACCGCCGGCGAGGUCAUGGCCGCGCACCCCAGCCACGUCGUGAGCCGGCCGUGCUCCCAGGGCGGCGCGCGCCGGAUCCUCAUCGUCGACCCCGACUCGGAGCUUGAGCGCGGGUGCUUCUACUUCCUGGUGCCGGCCUCGUCGGUGCCGGAGAAGAAGAGGAAGCCGUCGUCGGCGCAGCCGCAGCAGAAGAAGGCGCGGUCGUCGUCCAAGCCGACCAGCGCCGGCGCUAAGAAGGCGGCGAAAGACGGCGCCGCCGGCGACAGCUACCUUGCGGAGGUGCUGUCGGAGGGCAAGGCCAAGUGCAGGCGCAGCCGGAGCGCCCGCUCGGCGGUGUGGCGUCCGCAUCUUCAGAUCAUCCCGGAAGAAGCUCUCGAGUGA